AGGAACGUUCUAGGCCUCCGGAGGGCAGUUCCCGUAAUGUCUGGCGCGCUGUCGUGUCUUCCUGGGCUGUCCUUCGCUCUCCCGCGGCUGUCUCAGCCCUUUUAAGAGGUCUGCGCCCUUUGGCCCGCUUCCGCCAUGGCGGCUCUGCUGCUGGAGGAGGACCAGGUGACUUGCUCCAUCUGCCUGAGUCGCUACCGGAACCCGGUGACGCUGCCUUGCGGGCACAGCUUCUGCGGGGCCUGCAUCCAGGACUCCUGGCGCUGCUGCGAGAAGUUAUGCCCCGUGUGUCGCCAGCCCUUCCCGGAGGGCACCAAGCUGUGCCGCAACGUGACGCUGAGCAACUUGCUGAAGGCGCUGCCUCCCGUGCUGCCGGCGCCGGCCACCGCCAUCCCGGGCCAGGAGACCGGCGCCGGCCACAGCGCACGCUGCCCGCGCCACGGGAGGUCGCUCGAGUUCUUCUGUCGCACCGAGGGCCUCUGCGUGUGCAGUGCUUGCACAGUGCACGAGUGCCGUCACCACGAGCGGGCGCUGCUGGACGUGGAGCGCCGCAUGCGCGAGGACCAGCUGAAUGCUAGAGUGGAGGUUACCCGGCAACAGGUCACUGAGGCAGAGAGCCAGCUUCAGGAGCUGCAGCAGCAAAGGAGCCAGAUCGAGAGUUCAGCCUGCACCCUGGCCUCGCUGGUCUCCGGCAGAUUCAGCAACCUGUUACAGGCAUUGAAGAAGCAGCGGGACUUGACAUUGAGGAACAUAGAGGCAGCCAAGGAGCAGGCACUGGGCCAGGCUCUGAACGAGAUACAGUGGCUAGCUGGCCACCUGGAGGCCCUGUCUCAGUACGACCACAGGGUGCAGGAUCUCCUGGAGCAAGCAGAUGACUGUGUGUUCUUCCAGGAGUUGCAGCAGCUCUCUGAGCCCGGAGAGUCCCUUGAGCCACUGAUGGCUCCGCAGUGGGAUGAAGUGCAGCAACUGAACAACGUGAACGAAUUGCUUAGCCCACUGUGUGAGCUCCUCCUUGAAGAGAAGCCCCCCAGGGUGGCUGCCAGCGCUGCCCAUGCUGGUCCUGUGGAGGCCUUUGGUCCCCCGCCACCAGUCCCCAGCACAGUGUGCCCGCUGAGGAAGAAACUCUGGCAGAAUUACCGCAAUCUGACCUUUGACCCGGACACUGCCAACCAGUACCUGUGCUUGUCCCACAAGGACAAGAAGGUGACACACCAUUACCAGGCCCAGGGACCAGCCAGACCAGGCAGCUUCGAGCUCUGGCAGGUACAGUGCACCCAGAGUUUCCAGACGGGACAGCACUACUGGGAGGUGCACACCUCCGACCACUCUGUGACACUGGGCAUCACCUACCCCAAACUACCACGCAGAAAGGAGGGGACCCACACGGACAACAUCGGCCGUGGCCCUUGCUCCUGGGGCCUCUGCAUCCUGGAGGACAGCAUCCAGGCCUGGCACAACGGCAAGGUCCAGCGUCUACACGGGGUGCCUGGGCAUCUCCUGGGCGUAGAUUUGAACUUGACCUCCGGCUGCCUCAAGUUCUACAGCCUCGAACCACAGACACAGCUGCUUCACACCUUCCACGCACUUUUCAGCCAGCCCCUCUUCCCCGUCUUCUGGCUCCUUGAGGGGAGGACCCUGACUCUGUGCCAUCAGCCGGAAGCCAAGCUCCCUCCCGGGCCCCACGAAGAGGCCUCAGCCCUCACCUGAGGGAGGCACAGACAGGUGCCGCCAUGCCUGUGUGCCCAGCAGUAGCUCAGCCUCUGACCUGGAGACUGCAGGUCACCAUUCUAAAAGGAAUAGCUGUUGGCCUCUUUUGACUCAGAGGAGAGAGAUGGGAGGGGAACCCCUAAAUAAAAGUUUACUUUUUACUCUCUUUGAAGGGGACAGGGGCUGGAAAGAAAUUAAAUAGGAAGCUCCAGCCCCAAGCAAAAGCCAAAUUCUUGGCAUUUA